GUUUGAAUGACAAAGUUUUGUAGCUGAUCCAAUGAACUCGCCGCAGACCCCUCACCUUCGAAACGGUAAAUCUACCAUCUAUCUCCUGCAAAACUAGUAAUUCCUGUAAUAAAUUUGGGUGUCUACCGGACUAUCUCGAUCAAAGGAAAGCAAAAAAUGUCAUACUAUCCGAAAGGCCAGCGUGAUACCGGCGACAAUGUUGAUGAUUUCAAUGAAUUUGAUCCGACCCCUUAUGGAGGAGGAUAUGACAUCGAUUUGACGUACGGUCGGGCAAUGCCUCCGUCUGAGGUGAUCUGUUACCCCAUCACCACAUCUGCUUCUGAGGGGUUCGAAUACGACCGCCCACAAUAUAACUCCUAUGAUGAGCCGUCUGCCUAUGCUGAUGAGGCUCUAGACAAUGAGUACAAGAGUUACGCCCGACGGAAGACCAGACCGGACCAGAAUUUGUACGGUAGUGGUGGUGGUGGGGCUGGAGGAAACAGACCUGGAGGAGGAUCCGAAUAUGGGUCCGGGUAUGGAGGGAAGACUGAGUAUAAGACGCCUGAAUCGGUACAUGAUGGACCUGGAUAUGGCCGGAAGCCCGGUCAUGAGAUGCCCACUUCGGAAGUUGGAUCCGGAUAUGGUCGGAAAUCGAAGCCCACUUCAGAGUACGGAUCUGGUUACGGGCGCACACCCGAGUAUGAGAAUCCCAGUUUGGGAUCCGGCUAUGGAAAGAAGAGUGAAUACGAGGAUCCCACCUUGGAAUAUGGAUCUGGCCAUGGGCGAAAACCAGGAUCCGAGUAUAGUGGAUCGGAGGGAUAUGGGAAGAAGAGUGAAUACAAGGAACACACCUCAGAAUAUGGAUCUGGGUAUGGGCGGAAAUCAGGGUCCGAGUAUAGCGGAUUGGAGGGAUAUGGGAAGGAGAGUGAAUUCAAGGAGCCCAACUUGGAAUAUGGAUAUGGGCAUGUGCGGAAAUCAGGGUCUGAGUAUAGUGGAUCGGAGGGAUUUAGAAGGAAAAAUGAGCUCGAUGAGACCGGUUCUGGAUACGGGUCUGGGUACGGGCAGAAGAUUGAGUCCGAAGAGUAUGGAUCGGGUGGGUAUGGAAAGAAUAAUAGCUAUGGGGAAGAGGAGAGUGGUUGUGGAUAUGGAUCUGGGUGUGGGCGAAGGAUCGAGUCCAAGGAGCAUGAAUCGGGUGGUUAUGGGAAGAAGAAUAGCUACGGGGAAGGGGAUAGUGGUGGUGGUGGAUACGGGACGGGUGGGUAUGGUCGGAAGCCCGAGAGGCACGAGUAUGGUGAGGAGAGGCCCAAGUAUGGAAUGGUGAGUUAUGAUACUGAGGGUCAUGAAAGGCCUAGUUAUGGAAGGUCCGAGGAAGAUGACUAUAGGAAGACAAGCUAUACGAGGCGUGACGAUGAUGACAACGACCAUGGCAGCAAAAAAUAUGGAAGUAAUGAUAAUUCUGAUGAGGACAAGGAUGAGAAGAAGAAUCGCCACAAGUCCCACCAUCACCACAAGAAGCACUAUGAUGAGUAAACAAAAAAUCGUUCCUCGAUGAGCGGGCAAGAUGAAAUAAAAUGAGUUAGGCAUUUUUUUGUUUUAAGUGGUAUUCAUGUUGAGUUCUUUAGCAUAUUGGAUUGUAUCCACACUCAAUAAAAUAUUAUACUCUCUUCGUCUUAAUUAUAUAGACGUGUUUCGUUUUUCAUACAGAUUAAGAAAUCUUCUUUAAUGUUAUUGAAAAAUUAAUUUUUGUUA